AUGUCGAUUCCCUUCUCUGUUGGCCGCAUCUUGGACAUCGCUACGUCGAGCAAGGACGCGCCCACGGUCCUAGGCCUCACCUUGAACCAGUUCUUCCUUGGCUUCGCUGCCUUCAUGACCCUGGGUGCUUUGGCGAACUUCGGGCGUGUGGUUCUUCUCCGGAUUGUCGGCGAGAGGGUCGUUGCUAGGCUUAGGACCCAGCUGUACCGGAGGACAUACGUCCAGGACGCCGAAUUCUUCGAUGCCAACCGCGUGGGCGACUUGAUAUCGCGUCUGAGCUCGGAUACAGUUAUUGUCGGCAAGAGCAUCACCCAGAACAUCUCUGACGGUCUCCGGGCCAUCGUGAGUGGUGCGACCGGCUUCUGUGCCAUGGCCUGGCUGAGCCCUCAGCUCACCUCGGUUAUCCUUCUGAUGUUCCCCCCGAUCGCUGUUGGAGCCUUCUUUUACGGACGAACUAUACGCAACAUCAGUCGACAGAUCCAAAAAAACCUGGGCACUCUGACAAAGAUUGCAGAGGAGCGUCUGGGCAACAUCAAAACCAGCCAAGCCUUUGCCGGCGAGAUCCAGGAGAUUGGUCGCUACAACCAUCAGGUGCGGAAAAUAUUCGCCCUCGGUCGGCGCGAAUCGAUCAUCGCGGCUACUUUCUACGGGUCAACAGGCUGGGCUGGAAACAUGACAAUACUGGCCCUGCUCAUUGUAGGCGGUAACCUUGUGAGGUCCGGGGCCAUGUCGCUGGGUGACUUGACAUCCUUUAUGAUGUACACCGUCUUCGCAGGAUCUAGUCUCUUUGGUGUGUCAGGUUUCUACUCGGAGCUCAUGAAAGGAGUCGGUGCGGCCUCGCGCCUCUUCGAGUUGCAAGACAGACAUCCCACAAUCCCAGCCACUGUGGGAAAGAAGGUCAUCUCAGCACAAGGACCUAUCAGAUUUACCGACGUUAGUUUCGCCUAUCCCACCAGGCCAGCUGUCACGAUCUUCAGAGGCCUGAACUUCGAAAUUCCAUCUGGCUCCAACGUUUGUAUCGUGGGUCCAUCAGGUGGUGGCAAAUCGACCGUGGCUUCCCUCCUCCUUCGCUUCUACAACCCAACCGAGGGUACAAUCACCAUCAACGGUGAAAACAUCAACGACCUGAAUGUCAAAUCUCUGCGACGGCGUAUAGGCAUGGUUGCACAAGAACCGGUACUGUUUUCCGGUACCGUGGCUGAGAACAUCGCGUACGGAAAGCCCCAGGCGACACAUGCAGAGAUUGUUGCUGCCGCAAGGAAAGCCAACUGUGGCUUCAUCAGCGACUUCCCCGAAGGCCUCGAGACACAAGUAGGCGCCCGAGGCGCCCAGCUGUCCGGAGGCCAAAAGCAGAGACUGGCAAUUGCUCGCGCUUUGCUGAAGGAUCCCGAUAUCCUGAUCCUCGACGAGGCGACAAGCGCCUUGGACGCAGAGUCCGAGACCCUCGUCAACGCAGCACUCGGGGAGCUGCUCAAGGGCCGGAACACGACCAUUUCCAUUGCUCACCGGCUGUCCACGAUCAAGCGGUCCGACCAGAUCAUCGUCCUGUCAAGCGAGGGCACCGUCGCCGAGAUUGGCAGCUACACCCGGCUGAGUGCGGACCCGGAGAGCGCAUUCAGCAAGCUGAUGGAGUACCAGAUGAGCGGCGGCGAGCCGCCCGCAGCUCUGCGCCCACCCAGGAUAGACGAGCAUUUCACGGAGGCCGAGGAGGACGAGGCAGACCUAGCAGAGGAGGAGGACGCGGAUCUCAGUGAGGUGGAGGAGGUGAAGGCAGAGGACAAGGGGAAGAAGGACUGA